GGCGCACUUUUCCGCGACGGUCGCCGGGUUGCUCUUUUGUGGUAGUCGGUCGGCUUUUGUGGGAGGCCGGUCCGCUUGCUCGCGCAUCCCUCCGACCGUUGGUCGGUCUGUCCGUGCGCCGCGGGGUCUGUCUGCCGGCCGAGCUGUGCUGUCGCUGGCUCCUGACGGCUGAGCCUGAGGCCGGCCCUGGUCCCGGCCCUCAGUGUCUCGGGCGGUGUGUGACCCGCUUGCGUGGGGCGCGGGUGAUGGGGCGUGAGCGCAGCCUGGGGUGUGGGGCGCUCGCUGAGCCUGCCUGACCCCGACCUUGGGUGGGGGGACUCAGGGGGCUCCGCGUGCGUGACCGUGCAGCCGGGAGUGCGGGUGCGACCCCACGGGGCUUCCCUGCAGACUGUCCCUGAGCCCCAGGAGCAGGACCCGCGACUCUAGGCCUGGCCUGGGGCCCAGGAGGCUGCAGAGCUGCCCACGCCUCCAGGGAACGCUGCCGAGGGGCGCCAUGGAGACCCCUGCCCCGAAGCCCCAGGAGACAGCUCUGCCCUCUCAGGAGCCUGCUCUUAAAAAGAAUCCAGACCAAUUGGGUCAGGGUCUCCCGGAAGCCAGGUCCGAGGAAUCAGUGACUUUCAAGGAUGUCGCUGUAGACUUCACCCAGGAAGAGUGGGGCCAGCUAGACUCCCCUCAGAGGGCCUUGUACCGUGAUGUGAUGCUGGAGAACUACCAGAACCUUCUUGCCCUGGCAGGACCCCCAGUCUGCAAGCCGGAUGUUAUCUCCCACCUAGAACGAGGCGAGGAGCCGUGGUGGAUGCCCAGAGAAGUCCCUGGAGGGGCUUGUUUAGAAGGGGAGCCCGGGCCUGGGGUGAAGGACCAGUCGUGUCAGCAGCAGGGCGUUUACAAGGAAGAGCCUUGCCAGAAACCGAUCACCGAGCCACUGGGGAGGGCCAGUGUCCACAGACCCGGUCUGGGCGAAGGGUGGGCCCGCGAGGGCCGCGCGGCUGCUCCGGUGAGGGGCGAGGCUCCGCCGCGGAGGCCAGCACCAGGCAGCUGUGGGGACGUUCCCUCAGAGGGGCGCUGGCAAGGCCACGAGGCAUCUGAGAAGGAUCUCCCCCCUGGGUGCACCCUCUUCACCCCCCAGACCAUUCCUGCAGAAGGAGACCCUCCCGACGGGCCCACCGAGAGCUUCCAGUCCGGCGGGGCGGCCCCCAGGCAGCGGAGAGAGGGCCCGGGGAGAGGCCCUGGCAGGUCCAGCGACCGCGGCGAGCCCCCCCCUGCGAGUGGGCGGCGCGGGGCGGCGGCCGGGGAGGGCCUCUUCGCGUGCGGCGAGUGCGGGAAGGCCUUCGGGCAGAGCUCGUCUCUGACCCUGCACCGGCGGUGGCACGCCCGGGAGAAGGCCUACAAAUGCCACGAGUGCGGCAAGGCCUUCACCUGGAGCACCAACCUCAUCGAGCACCAGCGCAUCCACACGGGCGAGAAGCCGUUCUUCUGCGGCGAGUGCGGCAAGGCCUUCAGCUGCCACUCGUCGCUGAACGUGCACCAGCGCAUCCACACGGGCGAGCGGCCCUACAAGUGCAGCGCCUGCGAGAAGGCCUUCAGCUGCAGCUCGCUGCUUAACAUGCACCUGCGCGUGCACACGGGCGAGAAGCCCUACGAGUGCGGCGCGUGCGGCAAGGCCUUCAACCAGAGGACGCACUUGACGCGCCACCAGCGCAUCCACACGGGCGAGAAGCCCUACCAGUGCGGCGCGUGCGGCAAGGCCUUCACCUGCCACUCGUCCCUGACCGUGCACGAGAAGAUCCACAACGGGGACAAGCCAUUCAAGUGUGGCGAGUGCGGCAAGGCCUUCAGCAGCCGCUCGCGCCUCACCCUGCACCAGCGCAUCCACACGGGCGAGAAGCCCUUCAAGUGCGGCCAGUGCGGCAAGGCCUUCAGCUGCCACUCCUACCUCGUCGUGCACCAGCGCAUCCACAGCGGCGAGAAGCCCUUCAAGUGCAACGAGUGCGGCAAGGCCUUCAGUUCCCACUCCUACCUCAUUGUGCACCAGCGCAUCCACACCGGGGAGAAGCCCUUUGACUGCAGCCGCUGCUGGAAGGCCUUCAGCUGCCACUCGUCUCUCAUCGUGCACCAGCGCAUCCACACCGGGGAGAAGCCCUACAAAUGUGGCGAGUGCGGCAAAGCCUUCAGCCAGAAUCACUGUCUCAUCAAACAUCAGAAGAUCCACUCCGGGGAGAAGUCAUUCAGAUGUAACGAGUGUGGGGAAAUGUUCGGCUGGAGCGCCCACCUCACGGAACACCAGAGAAGACACAGCGAGGAGAAGCCCUUUGCCAUCCAGUUCAACAAGCACCUGCUGAACGCCUACUACGUGCCGGGCGGCCUGCUGGGCGCGGGAGGCGCGGGCGUGAGCGGCGUGGACCCGAUCGAUGCCCUGGACGUGGCAAAGCUCCUGUGUGCGGUGCAGCCCGCGGCCGGCAGGACUUCCCCGCUGGGCAGCAAGCCGGGGAAUUAGUGUGGCACGCCCGCCCUUGGCCUCGCUUCUUCCCCAGAAACUGCAGCCGCUGGAUAUGCACAGCCCACCCGGGCCUCCAGAUGAGAGACCGGCCCUGCCACCUGUGCCCACAUCCCACACACCGGGACAACUCUCUCAGAGGUCAUCGCCGCCCCAGGAAGCGCGCCACUGUAGGAGAGAAGAGCCGAGGGCCGUCCGAGAAUGUCCCGUCGUCCUCCUUUCCUUAAUGGGCUUGCAAGACGCUGACGCGGGGACUACGUUUUUCCUGCAGACAGAAAGAACGUAUAAGGAUCACUGUGUCCUCAGAUGGGCUCCUGGCAUGAUUUCAAUCAGGAAUUUCCUUUGUACACUGUUAAUGUUUAGAAUGAUAAUAAUGAUAAUAAAAACAAACAGAAGAAUUACGAACAGUAUUACUUCCAAGUGAACACUGGCAUAUUCCAGGAGGGGGGAGUGAUCUUGAAUGGUGGGGGUUUAGGAAAAGGCCGAUUUCCUGGACUCACCUCACAAAGCAGGUCUGCUGCAGAGUCACCUGGUAGUGACGGCACCUCCGUCUCAGGAGCAUGGCCAGGCUUCGGCGCAGCUAGGUCCUGACACGCCAGCGUCGGGCCUGGCCGUCUAGUCCCUGCUGGGAAACAGCGAGAGCACAGGUGGGUGCUCGGCGUCCAUCCGGGUCUGGUGUCGGGAAUGUGUCUAGAAGCGCGCCUUCACCCUGCAGGGCCUCUCUCUGCUCCAGUGAGCUUAGCUCACCGGCUCAGCCCUGCAGGAGGGGCCCCUCCGUGGGAUCUGUCCCCGUGCUCUCUGCAGCGGUGGGCGGUCUUCAUCGGGAAUUAAUGUUCGUUCCGCUCGGUCCUGAGCAAGUCUAAGCUGCUUUCUCAGUGAUAAUACUUCACAUUUACAUAGAGAGCUAUAGUUUAUCAAAUGCUUUUUAGUAUACUUUUUAAUUAUGGCAGCAAAGUAACCAUAUUUCGGGAAAUGUGGAAGUAAGGAAAAAGGCCCCCAUAAUUCCUAAUAAACUGCAUUUCGCACUUUGAUACAUUACCUUCUGCUUGUUUCAAAGUGGAUUGUUACAUUACUGCAAAUGUAGUGUGUAUAUCAUUUUAAUCUUUUUUUCCACCUAGCUGCGUAGCAGAAUUUUUUCCCAGGUAACUGUCUGGAGUUAUAAUUCUCAAUGGAGGCGUAGCAUUCUAUUAGAUGUUCUUUUAUUGGAUGUUGACAUUAUUUCCGUGUUUUCAUUAUUAUAGAUCAUUUCACUGUAAUAAACCAUUCUUCACAGA